CUGAUUUUAAAUAGUCUUAAAAUACCUAACCAGAAAUAAACCCGAUGAUCAGAAUGAACACUUUUGCUAGGCAUACUUAAUCCGCGCAACUCCGGUUCUACUUAUGAUACAAAUUAAGUAAUAUCUCAUUUGAUUAUGUUAAUUUAUAGAUAUAAAAUAUAUAAAUUUCCUUAUUUAGUUAUUUUAGUGACAGAAUCAGCAAAAGAUAAGAAUAGAGAGAGAAAGUGGAGAGAGAAUGGGCAAAGGAGGAAAGUCCCAUGGAGAUGAUGGAGAAGAGCAGAAUAUGGCUGCUUGGUUAACAGGAAUUAAUACUCUCAAAAUUCAACCAUUUGAGCUUCCUUCACUUGGACCCCAUGAUGCAAGGAUCAGAAUGAAGGCUGUUGGUAUUUGUGGAAGUGAUGUUCACUAUCUCAAGACCUUAAGAUGUGCAGAUUUUAUAGUGAAAGAGCCCAUGGUAAUUGGGCAUGAAUGUGCUGGGAUUAUUGAAGAAGUUGGAAGUGAAGUGACUUCACUAGUGCCUGGUGAUCGAGUUGCUCUAGAGCCGGGGAUCAGUUGUUGGCGUUGCAAUCAUUGCAAAGGUGGCCGCUACAAUCUCUGCCCCGACAUGAAGUUCUUCGCUACUCCGCCUGUACAUGGCUCGCUUGCAAAUCAGGUGGUACAUCCUGCAGAUUUAUGCUUCAAGCUCCCAGAUAAUGUCAGUUUAGAAGAAGGGGCUAUGUGUGAGCCACUAAGUGUUGGUAUUCAUGGUUGUCGCAGAGCCGAUGUUGGCCCCGAAACCACUACAUUGAUUAUGGGUGCUGGACCUAUCGGUCUUGUGACAUUACUGGCUGCUCGAGCUUUUGGAUCCCCGAGAAUAGUCAUAGUGGAUGUAGAUGGUUAUCGUUUAUCAGUUGCAAAGCAACUUGGUGCAGAUGAAAUCGUCAAGGUCUCAACCAACAUGGAGGACAUACCAGAAGAAGUGGCGCAGAUUCACAAGGCUAUGGGAAGAGAGGUCGAUGUGACUCUCGAUUGUGCGGGAUUUAACAAAACUAUGUCCACUGCUCUUGGUGCAACUCGAGCGGGUGGUAAAACUUGUCUCAUCGGAAUGGGUCAUGGUGUGAUGACUGUCCCUCUCACCCCUGCUGCUGUAAGGGAAGUCGAUAUUAUAGGUGUGUUCCGUUACAAAAACACAUGGCCUCUAUGCCUCGAUUUUAUAAGUAGUGGUAAAAUCGAUGUGAAGCCUCUUAUAACCCACAGGUUCGGGUUCUCACAAAAGGAGGUCGAAGAAGCAUUCGAGACAAGUGCUCGUGGUGGUGAUGCAAUUAAGGUUAUGUUUAAUUUGUAAGGAAGUGUUCAAGAAACAAUAAGAUUAUGCAGGAAAAUAGAGAGUACAAGACUUGAAUGUUGUCCUACAAGCUCUACUUCUGUGUGAAUGAAUGAGAACCAUAUAUAGUAAGGGAAGAAUAUGUGUUAUGAACAAUAUGUAGAAGAUGAGUUCAAUAGUGAAGUAAUAUUUUCAAAUUUAAUAAUUUUUUAUA